UCCAAAUUUUCUAAUGAAGACAAAUUUUAGCAAUUGUUUGUAACUUUUUACUUGAUGAUAAAUCUAUAUUAUGGCGUCAAUAACAAAUCUCACUUACAAACUUCUAAGCGUAAAGCAUCUAUGCGCUGUCAGGAAUUUGAUCGAAGAACAUUUCACAUCUACAUUCUCAUUGGGAGUAUAUUUAAAUUGGACGAAGGAAGACUCGAUUCCUGCAUAUUAUCCUCGGAUAGAGUCUUUCUUAAAGCAAGGAAAUUCACUCGGGGCAUUCAGUGACAAAGAUGCUAAAUUACGUGGGGUUGCCAUCAAUGUGGAACACGACGAUAAUGAAAGAAUAAAAUAUGAUGAAACACUACAUAUCAGUGAAAAGACAGAUACUAUAAAUCGGCUCAUGGUGGCAAUUGGAGUAAAUCAAUUAUCUGAGAUUCUUGGAACCAAAAAAUUUUGGGAGAUGAGAAUGGGAACUGUGCAUCCAAGUUACAGAAGGAAAGGACUAAUGCCUGAACUUAUAAAAAGAUCUACAGUUCUUGCCAAACAAAGGGGAAUUGAGAGACUUGUAGGAUGUCAAACAUAUAAUAAAGCUCUGGUAGAACCUUCGAAAAUGAAGGGAUUUGAAGUAAUCAGACACAUUGAAUUGAAAAACUAUCAUGACCCCGUAACAGGGCAAAAAGUUUUUUCGGGGAUGAAACCACCAAAUGACGUGCAAGUUUUAUUCGCUAAAACUUUGACUUAGUGACAUCCUGUGCACCUAUAUCAGUGGUCGGCAAACUGUGGCACACGAGCUAAUUUGUUGCGGCCCUCGAAAGUCCUGACAUUUAAUACAUACAACAAAAAAUUGAUCCUAAAUUUAUUAUUCUACUACACUAGUCUUUACACGGAUUUAUGUGUUAACAAAUGCAGCUGUACGGCACUUUUUUUGUAAUAAGUAGCAUCAGUUGUAUGUCGCUUGAGAUGAUUUUGAUUUUUAAAAGAAAAGUUAAAAAUGUCUUGGAAACGGAGGUAAGUUUGCGACGAGAGUCGAAGUGCUUGGACGCGAGAACAUUUUUCGUUCUUGCGCAUUCCAAAACCAGUUUGCUCAAUAUGCCCGAUCAGCAUCGCAGAUAUUAAUUAAGGGAAUUAAUGUUAAACUCGUUAUGAAAAGUUUCAUCAAAAAUUUGUCAUCUGUGCGACAGUGCAAAACGUGUAAUCUGCACGUUCGGAAGCUCGUAAUGCUUUAUCUAAAACGCAUUACACUUAGAAUAAAUUUCGUACUCGCUUGUCAGAUCGUCAUUUUGACGACCGCGGGCAAUGUGCCAUAGAAACAUCAUCCUUCACAUUGAUAAUAAGUAAAAAAAAACGAUGUAUUAUUUGCUAAGAUAUUAUAAAAGGCCACAUAUACGCCUCAUUCUUGCAGGCUUUUAACAUAGCAAUAGAAGGUGCGUAUGCGCUAUAAUUUGAAGUUUAAUGAAGUGAUUGUUUGAAGGCGGAAAUAUUGAGGCCCGCGCGACACCGGAAAUGUGUAUAUUUGGCCCGCAAGUACAUGAAGUUUGCCGACCACUGCUCUAGAUGGAGAACGGCAUAAUUACGCUAACUUUUGAUUUUGCCCAGUCCGCGUGUGACCUAAUAUUGCAUUCGAAAAUAUAAGUAUUCUUCUCAUUCCCGCCUCAAAAGUGAACAUUGUGUAUAAUUUAUGCUUACUGCAACUCGAUAAUUGAAAAAAAAAAACAGUUACGUUGAAUUAUCUUCAUGUUUCAGAAUAAACCCAAUGCCCCGUCCAUGGUCAAAUAUUUUUGAAAACAUUUUUAUUAAUAUGUAAAUUUAAUUAAUUUUUACAAGAUUUUGUUACUAUAUAGCCUACUGACGGUGAAAAAAGAUCAAUUUCUUUAUCUUCCAGAUGGUGUGAAGUUUCCUAAUAGUUUUCAAUUUCAGCAUUCAUACAGGUUAAAUAUUAUACAAUAUUUUACAAUAUUUAACUCCCUUCUAAUCAUUAAGUUUUUGCUUACCAAGUAUUACUUAUAUAUUUGAUGAUAAUAACAAACAUCACAAAACUUGCUGAUAUUUUAAAUAUUUUUAGUUCUAAGUUGUAGUUGGUAUAAUAAAUAAAUUACGCAGCUUCUGAUUGCCCGCCGAUAGUUUUCACAGUCUUCAUUGUCGUGACAUUGAGUUAUUAUUGGACUUGGAAUAGUAAUAUGGGUCGAUUUUCUAAAUUGCUCCUGACUGUAAGCAAAUGAUCAAGCAAGUUUAAAUUUUUCGUACGUCAAGAUGGAUAAUACUUUUAUUUGUUCAAAUUUCCUCAUGUGGGUCUUUGGGGCACGAUAUUUCACCCCUAAUGGGACACAGGAAAUUGGAGGGGGCAGAGAGAAUUUGGAGGGAAACCACAAUACUAAGCGCAAAAUCGUUUUUAAUUCGAAUUCGUUUUCAUACUUUUCCAUUUAUAAGAAAAUUGUUCUUAGUUUCAAUAUAAUUGAAGGACUAUUUCCAGUCACAUGGUGUUUUCACUUGUGUAUAAAUUAUUUGAUCAUAAUGUGAUUUCUACCUACCAAAAUACCACUACAAGUACGAUAUCUCUGUGCUCUGGGAAAACUAACUUUUGUAGUCGGUUGACAGGCCGUCUGACGUUCAGAAAAGGGUUGAUCUAUUAUACUUUCGGCGGUUUCACGAGACUGCGAGAUAGUCGACGUAAAAAUGUUAUA